AUGGCCCGUAACGAGAACUCUUCUAAUAAUCGCCCAUCUAAUCGUUCAUCUAAUCGCCGGAUUGGUUUUGGCGGUAAAAAGAGUGAAGAACCCGCCCUUGACCUGGAAGCCAGUGAUUAUUCAAGUGAAGGUGAUUAUGAGCCCGCUCAGACUCCAGAAGCAAUGGAAUUAGAUAACGAUGAUGUUUAUAAUGUGCUAGAAACCAUUGAACUUGAAUGGCCUUCUUUAACAGUUUGUUUGUCACACGACCAGGAAAGUGUUUAUAUUGAAGCAACCCCCGAUCAGUCUCCUUUGGUUUCAGAACUCACUCAACUUUCCAUUGAUAUUUCGCGACCUUCUCGUAAAUCUAUCUCUAAACUAGCUACACACCAACUGCCAGCCCAAAUCAAUCGAGUCCGUGCCCAACCCAAUCACAUUGUAGCUAUCACUGAUCAGUCCUUAUCUAUCUUUACCAAUGAUAUGCAACACCUGAGCACUAAACCCAUUAAAGGUGGAUUUGCCCUGGCAGUUACACCUCAGGAAAUCUUCUAUGGUAAUGGCUCCCAAGUCGUUCUCGAGAAUACACUGGAAAAAGAUGCUCCUCAGACUAUUGCCACACAAACACCUCAACCCAAUCCAAUUGAUACUCAGGCCACUGAAGUCUUCUCACUCUGUCCUUUUGCAACUAACACUGCCUUAGUUGCCACUACAGCCUUAUCAGUAGCUGAUUUCCGAUCGGGCGAACUAACCCAAAUCUACCAAAGUACAGUUGACAUCAAUGCCGUAGCUUACAACUCCGAAAACCACAUCAUCAUUGGUGAUGAUACAGGAACACUCACUCUCUUUGAUAAGCGAGCUAGUUCUAUUUUAGAAACUAUUUCUUUCCAUCGUUCACCUAUCACCCAUUUAGCUUUUGCCACUCCAGAAGUCUUUGCUUCUAGUUCUGAUUGUGAAGUUGUUCUUUGGGAUACUUCCUUUACUGAAGAAUGGGAGUACCAUAAAUACUUAAACUUCGUACACCAAGGACAAAGAUACUACAAAGACUUUGCUUUUAUUGCUGAUAAUACUUUAAUAACUACAUCUUUAGAUGGUUUGUGUCUUUUCACACCGGGAGUUUUGAUAGAGGAGUAG